CGCUAUCGGUAUGCAUUCAAUAACGAAUCUUGCUCGCUGUGAGGCAGAUUUGUCUAAGUCCCAUUCAGCUGACGAUCUAGAACUGGCGUUAGUUUGUACCUCGUUCUUUUUCUGGUUUGUUGUGAAUCUUAUAAAAAGAAUGCGUUUCACUGAUAUUGUGAAGGAGUACCUGAUCAAUUCCACGUUUCAUGGGGUGAAAUUUAUAGCAGACGAUUCAUACCAUGUCACAGAACGCAUAUUCUGGAUAGUGUGCGUUAUAAUUUCCUGGGUUGGCUCUGCGUUUCUUAUUGAUGCGUCAUUGGAAGCCUUUCAAACCAGCGCCAUAUCGUUCGUCGUUGAAACGAGCUAUCGAGAUUGGAACACUCGUUUUCCUUCAAUCGUUGUAUGUGAGAUGAGAAAUAUGGAACGAAUCCAGGCUAUUGCCGAUAAGCUUUGGGGUGAAAACCAUGAUUUUGCAAUGGAAGAAGUUUUGAACGAAAUAGGAUACUUCCGCGGCGAGUCAUAUCACACGGUUAAUGAGUGCGCAAGCGAGGACAUGGCGGAAAAUUGUUUUUUUACUAACUUCAGCGCAUAUGCGGACCUCGUCCGCAGUACAUGUAUGGAGACGUUAGAAGAUUGUUACUGGAAUGAUAAGCCGUUCGAUUGUUGCCGUUACUUUCAACCGAUGGAAACGGAGCUGGGUCUGUGCUAUGCCGUCAACUCACUGCAAACGAGUUCUAAACAUCCGGUUAAAUUAAACAUGAUUUCUAACAAACAUACCGGACCUGGAAAGCUAACAAUAACGGUAUUGACCGAGGCAUACGUGUACACGAUCGGGGAGGAAGAGGUACCCAACUUGAUAACUCCAAAGUCGGAUGUACUGUUGGUCGAUCACUACAUUGCUUACAAGAGACACAUAUCAAUAAAAGACAUCGAAAACGAUCCGGAAGCGAAGCAAGUCAGCGUAUCGCAACGAAAAUGUCGUUUUCCCGACGAAAACAAUCUUGAUGUUCAUCGGUAUUACAGCUACAGUGCCUGUUCGGUUCAAUGUCGAAAAAACAAGCAAUUAAAAAUUUGCAACUGCACCAGCCACCUGAUGCCAAACACCGAACCAUACAUCAAAUGCAAUAUGUCCGGAUUGAUUUGUCUAAAUGAGCACUACGAAGAUCUGACUAUUGUCAUCCCAAAAUGGUCGGUCGGCCGCAGAGGAGUAGUUUGCGAUUGCUUGCCUUCAUGCACUGAGGUGGAUAUCGGAAUUGUGCACGAUUCCCGCGAGAGCAUUUUUGAUUCCGACCGUCGUUAUUCUACGAUUGAAAUUCAACUCUCUGCCUUACCAACGGAGCGGUACAAAAGAAAUGUUGUACGCGGCAGACUUGAUUUGGUUGUUUCUGUUGGCGGCACUACAGGGUUGUUUGUUGGAGCUAGCUUGCUUUCAUUUGUGGAAAUAUUCUAUUACUUCACCGUCCGACCGUAUGGAACACGGUACAAAUUAAAUUUUCAUCAAAACCAUGCUACGGAACUAUACUAA